GGAACUCAAAAUAUAUUUUGUGCCCUUGGUUGGCGAACUGGGGCUCAAAAAUGACAACAGAAUUUUACGAAACUUUGCCAACCUACGAGGAAUUAACCGUUCCUGAAUUGCAUUUAACAUGGCCCGAAUUAAAAGCAGGGUCCUUAUAUUUUGGAAGAUUUUGUGAUAACCAGUGCAAAGAAUUCAUGUUAUGUAAGCAAGAAAACCAAAAGAACCCAACUGUAUGCUUGAAAGAGGGCAGAGAAGUUACCAAAUGUGGCUUCCAGUUUUUUGGUAAAGUAAAGAAGCAUUGCAUGAAUGAAUUUGAGGCCUACUAUACGUGUAUAGACAGAGACUAUAAAGGACAACUGGAUUUUUCAAUGUGUAGAAAACCUCAACUGGUAUUUGAUGACUGCAUGAAAGAAAAGCUGAAUAUUGAUAGACCUUACAUCGGAUAUUUUGCCCGAAUACGUCUGGUGGACUCGGACAGGCCGCGUCCUGUCCUGAAAACACGGGAAUACAAGAAACUCCAGGAACCACCUACAGUUGAAGAACUAGAUAGGAUGAAACUGAAAACUGACCAAUAUCCUCUACACGUAUUCAAAUUGUUUGAGUAGAUAUGUUGACUGGCUUAAAAACGAACACUUCAGUUUUAUAAAAAUGUGAAACAUUAUGUUAAUUAAAGUAUGAGAGUUG